AUUCACUAUCAAGUCUGUCGCUAGUUCUACAACUGGAGGUGAGGGACGGUUUAGCUGCCGUCGGUGCCGUUUCUCAAACUUAAUUUAUAGUUUGAACGGAGCAGCCGCUAGGUGCCUAUAACGAGGUGGCUAGUGCGGUUUUUCGUGAUGUUUCGUUAGCGCGAUCGUCAUCCAGACGACGGCGAAAGCAAAGCGAUUGUACUUUACACGAAGAGUCCUCUCGUAAUCUUUAUUCACCCUCAAUCUGGUAACCUGCGCAAGAUUUCACAUCAUCUCAAACUUGUCAUUCUCUAUUCACAGGGCUGGAGAUGAGUCACCGUACAAGAGUUCGUCGUGGCACAGCUACAAAUAUGGACUAUAAAAGAGUGAACUCUUUACAAGCGAGUUACAACAUAACGCCAUUUGUUUCCCCUAAGUCCAAUUCAGCUGUUCCCCACUCAGGAGGAAACAACAACCGACGAAAAAGCAGCGAUGGAUCUUUUGGGGGUUUGAAUCGAGAGUUCGACGUUGAACCUGAUACCCAAGGCCCAAACAGGUGCACUGCUGCACUGAACUCUCCUCGGAAAAACAAUGUUUCGAGACAACUGGCAUUUCAACAAGCGAGUAAUUGCGAAGAAGAGGAAAAUACGGAUAGCGCUAUUUCUGACGAAGAAGUUGAAGGAGUAACACAAAAUUAUAAACCCGUGACCCAUAAAGUUUGGAGGACUUUGUCACCUAAUAAAUCACACAGGACUGAACUAGUAUCCAGAACGCCUACCCCUACGCAGCAAAAAUAUAAAAAGGGAGAUAUAGUCCAAAUGCCAAAUGGAAUUCGCAAGAAAUUUAAUGGAAAGCAGUGGCGCAGACUGUGUUCACGUGAGGGGUGUAAUAAGGAGUCUCAGAGGCGGGGAUUUUGCUCACGCCACCUUUCACUUAAAGGCAAACCCUUGAAGAACCUGACACCAGGACGCCAGAAAGGAACACGCAAGGGGACUUUACAUGGAAAGGAACUGGAUUGGGAAUCUGGUGGGGAUAGUGAGGGAAGUGUGGAGGGUGAGGUGAAUAGUAGAUUGUCAAGUAGGAACCUUGAUGACAAAGAAGCAGAGGCUGCAGCAAUGCUGGUGUCGCUCAGUAAUUCCCGUAACCCUACUCCGUUCUCAAACCCCACGACUCCUCGGCCAAUCUCACCAUCAUCGCCGUCUUUCAGCUUUAACUCAAAUCCCAACCAAAAAACAAACUGGGCCACAACAACACCAAAAUCUGGACGUUCCUCAAGUGCUGAGUUGCUGUCACCAUUUUUUGCUGGCAAUAACAACUCUUCUAACACUAUAAGCCCAGAUUCAGGGAUUCACUGCCGGGAUGAGUUAGGUGGCGGGACGCCAGCUUUCACUUCACCACCAAACACUCCAACUAAAAGAACAUUCUCACCAAUCUCUCCACCAGCUGGUUGUGCAGCAUCACCAGUGCCACCAACUCCACCUGCUAUAUCAUCUAAGCGAUCAUUCUCUCCAAUCCCAGCACCUUCUGCCAUUACUCCACCCAAAAAAGUUGCUCGAGUCAUGUACUCUCCUAUUCCUCCUCAAUCCCUUCCAGUUACAUCAAGUCGUACAUUUGUUCCAGUUACUAACAGCCAGACCAUCCAGAAAAAUUCAUUUUUGACAGACAACAGUUCCUGCAAUGAUACCACCAGAAGUGAAACAAAAGUUCUUGUCAGUAGCUUGGAAAGCACUUUAACAAAGAACACUUUCAGUAAACCUGCACCAUCUUCUUCCAAAGAAUAUGUCCCAAGUCUUCAAAUCCCUCCAGUGCAGGCAAACACGGUAGAAGUAAGAGUCUAUCCCUGGCACACGCUUCUGCCACACAUGUCUAUCUCAGCGGUUAAAGAGAAGAUGGAAGAUAAACAAGUAGUCCAACCUUCCUGUACCACUCCAGUGUUUGAUGAAGAUGAGUCAGAAACAAGUGAUGGUCCGUCAACGUCCAGGAAGCGCACCAGAUCUGGAGGGAAUGAUGAUAGUAAGGACCACAUCCGUCGUCCGAUGAAUGCCUUCAUGAUCUUCAGCAAGCGACACAGGGCCCUCGUGCACCAGAAGCAUCCCCAUCAGGACAACCGGACUGUGAGUAAGAUACUAGGGGAGUGGUGGUAUGCACUGGGGCCUGAAGAAAAACAGAGCUACAAUGCUCUUGCAGCUCAGGUCAAAGAGGCUCAUUUCAAAGCUCAUCCAGACUGGAAAUGGUGCACAAAGGACAGGAAGAAAUCUCCUCGGAAGUCCACUGAUUCUGCAGAGAUAGCUGGAUACUCUGAAGGCAACUCUGACUUUGGGGAGAUGAUGAGUGAUGAUGAGAUGAAACCGAAAGCUAGAUGCAAAAGAUCACAAAGUACACCGAUACAUCAGGAAAACAGAGAAGAGGCACACAGACCAUUUACCCCACAACCAGGACGUCCACUGUCUCGACAGGCCUUGGAGCUUGCCCAGGCAUCAAACAGAACAAUAGAUGCUGAUCUGAAAGAUACCCCAUCUGAACCUGAGGACGAUGUGGAGCUAGAGUGCCGUGAGAACAUGGAUGAGAAUGAAGAGUCGGAAACCUCUGAUAAUGAAGACAUCCCAAGUAAGGCAUUCCCUCAGCAGAAAUUUACAUCAACUCCUCAUUUCCAGCGACGCAGCCUUACCCCUGAUGUCGGCAAGAACUGUUACUCUCCAGUGCCUUUCACGGCCAGAAGAGCCAAGACACCAGAUGUAUAUUCAGUGUCAAGAAUGGAAACAUGGAACAGAUCAGUUAAACAUCAAGGGGUCGACCAAGGAGAAGACAGCAGCACUCACAGGGUUGUUGAACCCUCGUUUAGAGCACCAAAACCUGCCUCAAAGCGCCAACAAUCUUCAAUUGAUACCUCGUCAAGUACGUUUGCUCGGCCUAUGGCAGCACCAUCAAUAAAGUGCUCUUCGCCUGGACUUACUAUCAGUGGAAGCUUCAAACCGAAGGGUUCUGUCUUCAAACCUAAGCCUGGCCUCCAAGGAAAACCUAGCCAUGAACAAGGUACUGUUAUCGUGAGAGUGAGUGAUUCCAAUCGCCUAUCUAGUGCGUCAACAUACCUCAACACUGAGGCUCACUUACAAAGGCACCCGUUUCCUCAAGUGGCACCCUGCUUCACCCAUAUCGGUUACAUGCAGAGCCAACUACAGGCCAUUGCCCCACUUCCACCACAGAGUACUGAUCACCACACAUCCCCUAUUGUGAGAGCUACCAAACAGCCGAUGCCAACAAGCAGGACCACAGGAAAUAACCUGACAGGAGCAGGUACUUAUGAGGGUCGGCCUAGUCACCUGACAUUCCACCCACUGGCAAUAGCAACAACUGGGCCCACAGUAACAACUCAUAAUCUACGACAUGCCGCUGCCUCGCUUAACCAGCAGGCCCAUCCCAUCAAUUCAUUCAUGACCAUACCAAGGUCUUCAGUGGUUACAGCAAAUGCCUCCGCAUCGAUGCCACCUGAAGACCAGCCUCAGGUGAUGAAUAGCCCGCACCUGGUAGGUGCUGCUGUCGCUAAGGAAGCCUCUCAAGGGACAGUGGGGAGCACUGAAGGUGGAGCCGAGGGCGUCGGGCACAAGGGUAUCCUGAAGAGGUUUAUUCCAGAUGGCAUGGAAGAAGUUCUCUCCGAUGUGGGCUUCGAAAAGCAAUUUGCAGCACUUCCAGAGUACACUCCAACUACCAUGGGAACCCAGUCCCUCAACUCCCCUCGCCCCAAGACACCCACUCACAAAACUCGUUCUGCCGUGCGCGUACACGACACCGACAACAAUCCGAGUGUAUCACGACAGGAGCCGAGUGUUUCCAACACAAACCUUCGAGACGCGAACCUUAACCUAGAUGCCUUGGCCGAAGCUGCGGCAAUGGAACAAGGGAGCAAUAGAGUUGAGAUUCCGACGAGUCUUCCUAGCAGCCCGUCUAGGCGUAACCCGGACUUGAGGCGAAACCUGGUAAUUCAGCUGUUCAACCAACACGGUUAUUUUCCUUCGGAAAAUAUAACCAGCGAAUUCCAGCAAGCUCAUGUGGAAGUGUUCCCCACUAAAAACUGCCUGCAACUGAAGAUAAGAGAGGUGAGGCAGAAACUCAACAGCAACCUAAGCUAGCAAAAACUUGAAGUCAUUCGUAGUCACGCAAUGCGUGACAAGACCAACCAGGCACUGGCAUGUAUCAUAUGUGUCUGGUGACGUGACGUUGCCAGAUCAUCAUAGGAUACUCAUGCAGCAAUCUCAGGAAGCAAAGAUAGAUUAAAAUGUAUAUAGUAUCUUUCGGCCCGUCACGCAAUGCUCGAUAGGCCUUGUGAUAAGUGUGUCUGGCAUGACUUGGUGUUGCGUGAUCAUAAAAAGUCAUUUAAACAGUAGCUUCAGAUACAAAAAUAUUACUUAACAAUACGUUAGUCACGUCCGGUCGAUCGUGGAAGUCGUGAGGUCUCGUGAUGAGCGAAGAACUAGUUUGAAAUAAGUCACCUCUGGUGUGACAAGGAGUGCGUGACAGAACCCGAUAUUAGCAUUCCUGUAUUGAUACACGGCGACAGUUUGUAUUUAUCUAAAGUCUUUUUUCAGUAAUAGCUACAUUUCUUACCGCUAUUUUCUUGGUUUUUUCGUCUAUUCUACGGAUUCAAUGGUAUUUGAUAUCCACACAUUUUCUUUAUUUUUAAGAAAUUUUCAUUUGCAGUUUUCUAUUGCUUUGGUCGCAUAUUUUUAAAGCUCAUUUUGGCUUCAUUUUCACUGUUUUAGAUUGCAAAACAGCAUGUAAAUCUUUGUCUAUUCAAAGUCGUUGCUUCUCGCUUCUGUUAGCUUUAAUUUUUUUAUAAAUCCAUCGUAUCAAUUUUUUUCUAUUGAUUGAAAUUCUGUGGUCGUGAAAAUGUUUUGUUUUUACAGUUUGUUGUUUGAUUUAGACUAGCAUUGUGUUGAAUAUUUUACGACGUGAUAGCAAUUUGCAGUUCCGUGGUUUUUCGGGGCGACCAUGUUUUUUGUCUUGCAUGUCAGAUACUUUUAAAUGCUAGUCCGCAAUGUUUUAUUCUGACAAUCAUUUAACGUCUUUUCUCUAAAACUCGAUGCAAAUAAAAUCCUGAUAAAAACUUUUUGUAUGUAACAUCGCACGCGCUAUCUAUAAUGUAUACGUAAUAAAACUUUUCUAGCUUUGAUAUAAUCCUACUCGCACAACGGAACUGAUUUGCGUUAACUUAGGGUCAGGGAUAAUCUGAUUUUUAUAAGAUAAUCUCCGAAAUAUCUUCAUCGGUUCACCCUCUCUAAUGCAGCGCAUGGUUAUGAUCAUGAAGAUUAACUAAAAAACUCAUCACCACAUUCUCUACCCUUUUCUCUGAAUGAAAUGGGGGUCCAUGACUGUAUUUCUAGGGCGCUAAAGCAAUGGCAGAUGUAACACCAAUAAGAAUCGGUCGAAUAUAAGGGUAAAUGUUAUACAGUUGCGUACUUUUGCGUGUAAGUUCCAGCGACUUACCCAAUCCCUUGUGUCCGAGAUAGAACCAAACUUGAAAGUAAAGGAAAACAAGAGUUUUCGUUGACCAAAUGUAAAAGAAAAAUUAGAUGAAAGAUGGCCCCAGAGCAAUACAUCAUGGGAAAUUUAAGGUCUACCCUUUAAGAAUAUAAUAAACUCAAAAUCCAUGGUCAAUCAUUAUACCGUAGUAUACAUAAGUAUCAGAAGGUUACUAACCGCUUGUGGGUUUCCAAAAAGUUUGGACUUUUUCCAAGAACUAUGUCUUUGUAAAGUCUCUCGAUAAAUUGAAGUCAGCCUACCUGUAGGCUUUGAUAGUUUUUCCGGCAAACCCCGAAAACACAAAGCAAUUUGAUAAGAAAUACGAGUAGGUUUGUCCAUAUGAUUAGGUUAUUCGUGUAAGUAAUGUAGCCCGUAUACUUCUCUUAUUUAUUCCCAUGCAUGUGCAUAUAGUUAAUGUAUGUCUGUAUCUUCUUAUCUGUACAUAGCUAUUAUAUAUCAGAGUAAUUUAUGAUUUUAGUUUUCACGUGGUCCCUUGGUAACACGUAGUGAAUAUGAUUUGUAGUAAGUAGUAUGAUUUGUAGCGAAGGUUCUUAAACUGCUCCGUUCCAUAUUUGCGGUAUAAAUAGAAACAAAUUUCUAUCUGUUUGGAUAAGGAGAACAUUUAUGGCCUUUGUUACUUAUAGAAUAAAAAAAACAGAAAACACAAAAAUUCUGCUAGACCUGCUUGGUCGAGAAGGCAGAUAACCGGUUUAUCAAGGUAAAAGGAAGUUUUAGUUUCAAGGGCAAGAACAGGGACCGCUGGUUAGUCCUGUUAUUGUGUUAUUAAUUCAAGCCAAUAUCAAAACUACAAAUAGAGUUAAAAACAGGGCCGUAGCAGGGGGUGGGGUGUGCGGGGCAUUGGGGGCACGUGCCCCCCAAUAUAUUUAAAAAAAUUAAGGAAAUGACCAGUAGGGGCGUGGCUGUGCCCCCCAUUGUUUUCUUAAUGUUUCUGUAUCGUGCCCUUUCCCGAAUAAUUCGUGGCCUGCUACGGCUAUGUUAAAAUGAUAAAUAUUAGUAUGCUUUAUUGCUUUUAAGGCAAAGUACUUAAGAAAAGACACUAUAAACAAUUACUUGCUUUGCAAUAAUAUUGGGUCAGACGAGCCAUUCUCCUGAAGUUGUAGUUUGCACUGAAACGUUUUCUGUAAGUUUCAGCGAAUGUCUCGUAGGAUUCUGCCAUUUUAUUUUUUUGGUAGAAGCAUUUGUAACCUGAGUCUUAUCACCAACAGGUAAUAAUCCGCGUGUCAUAAUCACUCACUAUACUAGCACUUAAAGGCGCAUUGUCACCAGUUUACUUCAGGAGGUCCGACGGAAACCUCAACCGUUAAAAGACAAAAGAAUCUAUUAAAAUCCGAGAUAUUAAACAGGCCAUCCGCUCUAAAUUAUCAAUCACAUGCUCAAAGAAACUUCUAAUCAACACACUGCUUCAAUGUUUUGAAAUAUUUUUCGCUUUUUCCGUUAAAAACCGUCGGAUAUUGUUACGUAAUCGACCGGAAGUAAACUGGUGACAAUGCGGCUUUCACUAAUAGAAGCAUUAGGCACUAAUUGAACCAAGUCACUUGACUUUUUCAAUGGCAAACUCGCGUCAUAAUAAGCACAAAGAUGAAUGUCACGCCAGAGAGCGAGAAAAAGAAAACUUUCUGGAUGAUUCGUAAGCGCUGAAUACUUUACUACAAACCGGAGUCCGCGCUGGUUUGCCUGCCAAAAAGUCGAGUGAUUUCUUAGUACAACUCGCCUAGUAUGGUAGCCUUUUCCAGUAAGGCUAACGUUUUAUGGUCCAGAACAUGUAUUGUCAUUAUCCAGAUCGAAAAUAUUUUUUUGUUGUUGUUCUUAUUCUAGUCUUAAACUUUGUAAACAAUUUUUUAAGCGCUGAUUGGUUGAUUAGUCGAUUGAAUGUAUUUUGAUUUGAGAAAAGGAAAGUUUUGCCAGGACUGAACACAAGCAGCGUUGUUUAUUUAUCUUGUUCACAGUUUGAAUUCAUCUUGGGUUGCUCGGUUUUGCUUAGAUUUUUUAACAAAGUUCUGGAAAUUUUGACGACUUUUCUCAUUUCAAAAUUUUAAUAUUCUUGCUUGAUAAUUAUCUUGCUGCAUAUUUAGAUGCCAGACGCAAAGUGUUUGUUUUGGCGGGAAUGUUUCUCGCUAUUUUCUAAACACGCGCGUGUGGUUUGUUAAUCUUAUGAUGUGUGUUUCUUGUGCACCAAACCCGUAUCGGGGGCAAAUUGCCAGUGUACUUUUUCUUGGCGAGAUCCUUUCUAUUAUGUGUUCAUUGUUGAUACAAGCCAAUAAAACUACUUAAGCUCAA